AUGACUGUGACUAAAAGAGUUGUUCUUCUUCCAGGUGAUCACAUUGGACCUGAAAUUGUGGGUGAGUCCGUGAAAGUCCUCAAGGCUAUUUCUGAGGUUCGUCCAGACAAGCAAUUUGAAUUUGACACCGAACUUAUUGGAGGUGCUGCUAUCGAUGCCACUGGAGAUCCACUUCCAGAAAAAACUCUUGAAGCUUCGAAAAAGGCCGAUGCCGUUCUUUUAGGUGCCGUUGGAGGUCCAAAAUGGGGUACGGGUGCCGUCAGACCAGAGCAGGGAUUGCUUAGAAUCAGGAAAGGAUUGAAAUUGUACGCAAACUUGAGACCUUGCAGAUUCGCAUCUGAUAAAUUGUUGAAGUUCUCACCUUUGAAGCCAGAGAUCGCCAGGGGAACCGAUAUUAUGAUUGUCAGAGAGUUGAUUGGUGGAAUAUAUUUCGGAAAGAGAAAGGAAGACACCGGAGACCAUUACGCCUGGGAUACCGAGCAGUACAGUGUGGAUGAGGUUAAAAGAAUUACACGUAUGGCUGGAUUCUUGGCCAUGCAAAGCAACCCACCUCUUCCUGUGUGCUCUCUUGAUAAGGCCAACGUUCUUGCUUCUUCUAGAUUGUGGAGAAAGACCGUCACAGACACACUUCAUGACGAAUUCCCACAAGUGGAAGUUAGACACCAGCUUAUUGACUCUGCCUCGAUGAUGCUUGUCAAGUCCCCAACAAAGCUUAAUGGAAUUGUGGUCUGCUCCAACAUGUUUGGUGAUAUCAUAUCCGAUGAGGCUUCCUGCAUUCCUGGCUCUUUGGGUUUGCUUCCUUCCGCUUCUUUGGCCUCUCUUCCAGAUAAGAACACCGCUUUCGGUCUUUACGAGCCUAUCCAUGGUUCUGCACCAGAUUUACCAAGAAAUGUUGUUAACCCAAUGGCUACCAUCCUUUCUGCGGCUAUGAUGUUGAAGCUCUCUUUGGGUAUGGUUGAAGAAGGUGAAGCGGUUGAAAAGGCCGUUAAAGCUGUGAUUGACACCGGUCUCGUUACGGCUGAUUUAGGUGGAAAGGCUACCACAAGUGAGGUUGGUGAUGCUGUUGCUGCUGAGGUGAAAAAGAUCUUAGCUUAA